CGUGCCGGCGCUUUUAUGCAAACCAAAUGCAAAUCGCUGCGGGAGAAUCGUUCAACUCUCUCGAGUACACCGGAGCUUCAAAAGAAGUGCUGUGGAUCAGUUCGAAUUAAUACAUCCCGUGCCUCGACCAGACAGAAACGCGGCGGUGUGUUUUCAGUGUUCAUAUUCUCGCGACGCAUCAUGUUAAUUCGAUUUAUAUUAUUACUGACGUUCACCGCGCUUGCGAGACCAGCCGCCGUUGAUAAUGAGUUGCAGUCAAAAUCGACGGCUCUUCCUUCACGCGAGAAGGAGCAGAUCUUAAAUAGCUCAAAUAAGACUGCAUCGGUCGACAAUGACAAGGGAUUGGUAGACUGGAUAUACGACAUUGUGGUACCAAAGCCACCGACAAUAACUGAACCGCCGCAAACAAUAGAUCAAACAACAUGUCCAAAGUGCACUUGCGGUUUGGUAAACAAGCAGAAUCGUAUUGUCGGGGGAGUCGAGACUCUGGUCAAUCAGUAUCCCUGGAUGGGCAUGUUGCUGUAUAGGGGACAGUUUUAUUGUGGUGCCACGGUCAUAAGCUCGCGAUAUCUGCUAACCGCUUCCCACUGCGUCAACAGAUUCGAUUUGAAUCAAAUGACUAUCCGGAUAUUAGAACACGACAGAAAUUCGACCACUGAGAGCGAGACGCAGGAAUACAAGGUGGAGAGUGUGAUCAAACAUAGCGGUUACUCCACUUUGAACUACAAUAACGACAUUGCGCUCAUUAAGCUGAAGGAUUCUAUCACGUUCCAGGGCACGAUGCGGCCUGUCUGUCUUCCGGAAGCAGCGAGAACCUUCGCCGGUUCGAAAGGUAUUGUGACCGGAUGGGGCGCUAUUGUAGAAGCCGGUCCGGUGUCGCAGACUUUACAAGAAGUGACCGUUCCUAUUAUCUCCAACGCCGAAUGCCGUGCCACGAAUUAUCCGACGCGUAGGAUCACGGAUAACAUGAUUUGCGCCGGUUACAAGGAAGGUGGCAAGGAUUCCUGUCAGGGAGAUAGCGGCGGACCAUUGCACGUGGAGGAGGAUGGCUCCCACCAGAUAGUAGGAAUCGUAUCCUGGGGCGAAGGGUGCGCUCAGCCCGGAUACCCUGGAGUUUACUGCAGAGUGAAUCGAUAUCUCACAUGGAUCAAGCGCAACACAAUAGAUGCUUGUUAUUGUUGAUAACACAACGUGUUGAUAUGCAGACUGACGUAUUUAUUUUAUUUUAAUUACACGUGUGAUAAUAAUAUAUCGAAUUAACUUACACACGUUUAAUCGACAAUGACGGAGACCGUGCCGCAUCGCUCGGUCGAAGAGUGUAUUGUGAGAUAUUUAUUUAUAAGACGUAUUACUUUAGUCGUCGUUACAAUGUUUUAUACGAUCGUGUAUGUAACACAAUACGCGCUUUAUGCUUUUAUCGUACACAUUUCAUACACGUAAGUGUAAUUUAUAAGUAUAUUCGUACACAUAAGUGUUGCACGCAGACAAUGAUACUUUAAACUUAAGGCACGCACUUUGCUCCCCGCUGUUCGGUCGAAGCCUGCGAUAUAGAAUACUCACAAAGGAGGAAAGUCGCGAGACUUUCUCUAUUCAUUUCAAUCGGACGACGUGGAAUUUCGGUGAAAACUCACGUACAUUUCGUCUACUACUCGUAACACCGCUCGUAUUACACGGUGAAUAGAUGAUAAUGUAAAAUGCAUUUCUUGUUAUUGAUAUGUACAAAUAAACUUUUUGGUUUCAACAACAA